UGAACUUUAUUUUAGCCUGGUUACUCUCUUCCUUUUUCUUUUCUUUUAUAAACGAAACCUUGAAUUAUUCGUUCCUCCGCUGGACACACUGAGUACAGAACACAAUUCUCAGAGCUGUCUUGUUAUGUUUCUUUUUCUUAGUAAAUUUAUGCAAAUAGAGCCGAGGUCUAGUAAGUGCAGGGAACGCAGCUUGUCCUAACACGAAUACAGCUAUACAGCUUUAACAGGAAGAACUUGAGGACGUGUAAACUAAGGCUGCUUUGAAAGACUCAGGUGUCCUACAGGUGCUGUAUGUGGCUGCUGUGUGUCUCCUGAGGGCUCAGUGGGCGAACUGGGUUCGUUGGAAUAGAAAGCUGAAGACCUGCCUCCCUUGUGAAACAUGGAGAAGGCCGAAGAGUAACCGGCCUGGACCUCAUGAUAGCUCGAUGAAUUGUUCAAAAUAGUAAGAUCAUCAAAACCCAGAGAAAAGCACACAAACCGACACACAAGUGCUUUUGUACAUGUUCCGUUCCAAAGAGACACAACAUUGAAACAACAUCUUCGACACUGAUUCACCUUUUCUGUCUCACACCUUUGGCCAGUCAUUUAAAAACAACAGAUCAUUCUGGCUUCUUAAUUUCACUGCUGUUGGUGCUUUGAGUGGGUUUGGGAAGGUGGCCAAGAUGAUUGAUCUGAGUUACUUAACGGAGGAGGAGCAGGAGAUGAUUAUGACAGUCCUUAAGAGGGAUGCUGAACUGAAGAGAGCAGAAGAGGAUCGCAUCAAGCAUCUGCAGAAGACUUUACGGGACAGCAGCAGGUUGAAGUACAUGACGGGAGAGUGGUUUUAUGAAACCAAGUCAAAGAGGCACAGAGACAAAAUACAUGGAUCAGACAUCAUACGGGCAUCAAUGAGACAGAAAAAGCCAGUGACACUCUUGGAACUGAGCCAGAGCAAAGCAGAGAAGCCCAGCUUUGUCAACAGUGAGAAGCGGGACAUCUUCAUCCCGCCUGAACUCUCGGGACUCAUUGAGGAGCCGGAGGAGGAGCAAGAGGAAGAGAGGAAAAGUGACCAUCCCUCCCUGGAAACCCAGGGCGACAAGCUUAAGAAAACGGCAACACCGUCUGUCAAGCAAAGACAGAAUCCGUUUAACAGUAUGUCUGAUGGGGAAGAGACAGCUGACGAAAGAGAAGUCCACUUAACAAAUGGAGCUCUGCAACCCGUUAAGACAUCUGAAGGGGAGAUCUUGCCACCUGCCAAGAAUGCUAUACCAAGUGUUAGUAAUCUAAGUUCAGAGAAUCCCAGUGUACCCCAAGGAGACAUCAAGCAAGCACCAGUUCCCAAAAAGAGAACAAAGGUUUUCCGACUGCAGGACUCCUUCUCAGACAGUGAUGGGCCUUUCCCAAAGCAGAAUGGCAGGGGAGACUUGCACAGCAAUGUUAGUACACCAAGAGGAAUCCUGAAGCACAGUCCCAGCUGUAGUUCCAAUGACUCUGAAAUGGUGCAGAAUAACAGCAACAGCAUCAUCCACCAUCUAGAACCUGCGGGUGACGGGACUCCUAAUCUCCAAGGUGCCCCCCCACCGAAAGUUGCUGAUGGAAUGGGCUGCAUCAAGGAGAGAAUGGAGGAGUUCUCCUUCAACUCUCUAGAUAGAAAACAGGUCCGGUUCUCCCCGGCUGUUAGACAGGGAAACCACAGAACAGCUUCAGCGGUAGAGGAUGGCAGGGAACUGGGGGAGCACGACCUGUUGGAUCUGGAUUUUAUGACACCGUCAGACGUAGAGGCGGGCAGCAAAUCAGAGAAAAGUAACCAAGGCAAUGGAGGAGGCAAUGGACCACCCUUUAGUGAAGCUUUUGGUGUGGGGCCUCUGGAACCAGAAGAUCCUUCCUUAAAACCCCGUGCUCCAGAAACUGAAACCUCCCUAUCUUCUUUGCUCCCCGCAAAUGAGCUAAAAACAUCCUUGCCUGAAGAUACGGAGGGGCCUCUGAGUGAGGCCCCGGGCCAUUCGGCUUCUUCUCCCAGGUCACACACUAGGGUGAAUCUGGACUGGAGAGAGAGGGACACAGGUGAGGUUCAGAGCGACAGGGAACUGACAAAAAGGAACAACAGAGUCAUAGAGCCUCCUCAGAUCCCUGUUGAUCAACAUGAAUAUCAUGCUGAGACCUAUGCCCCUCAGGUGUCCAACAUUCAGUCUUCCAGUAAUGAGAAAGGUAAGGCUGAUAACACUGGUGUGGAAAGUCAUGCGGCCUCUUCAAACCCAGACACACAAAGCUAUAUGCUCACAGAGGAGGAGGGUGAUUCCAUAAGCAAGGUCCUAGAGUGGUUCAGCAGGAGCUCCGAAAGCAUUGACAGACAAGCCCCUUCUCCAAGCGAGCAGGUCUGUGAGCAGUAUGACGAAGAGGUAGAGCAAGAGCCAGGUGUCCAUAUCUUUGCCACAGAUGAGUCAGGAAGAGACAGAGGCUUCAUGAGGUACCGUGCUGAGGACAUACGAUCAUCACAGAGUGACAAGAGGGGGGCAUCAGACAAAGGUCUAGGAGUAGAAGAAAAGGUCAUCAGCUGUAAAGAAGACAUCUAUAAAGUGAAGACUCCUGGAAGUGGUAUUUACUCUGAGAAAUCCGAGGACAAAUUCACACCUGUGCAUUAUACCGUCCAUUCCUCUCUUAACUCAGGCGAAGCUUUUCAGCCGAAGGGGUGGAUGGCUGCAAAUGAGCCAAAGAAAGGGUUUGAGUAUGAAGGGAGAUCCUUGUUCCCAGACAAAAAAGUGUAUGACUUGGAUGUCAUCUCGCAUCCCCAUCCCACAAGUGUCAGUAGGGAGAACUACAUACAUGGUGGCUCCCCAGUUAACCUGAGCAUGAUGGACACAAAAGAUAAAGACUCACAGAAGGAGAGCCAUACGGAAGAUUCACCACAAAAAGUAGCCAAUUUAAAAUCCUUCUGGGAAAAGGGAACCAGUGGUCCCAAAAUACUGCUGGGCAAACCAAAAGCAGAUAAUUUGAAGGAUGAAAAAAGUAAGUUGAAAGAGGCCGAUUUACAUUCAUAUAAUGAAAGCCAGGAUUUUGCACUGCAGGCUGAGAAAGACACUCAGGCUCUUGACAGUGGAAGUGAGGUUCAUGGUAAGUAUGCAGUACACCUGGAAGGUAAUGAAGGAAGGACAGAUUACAUUCAGAAAAGGCUCUUAUCUGGCAGGACCUGGAGUGCAUCAGUUGAUGCAGAAGAGAAUAAGAAAGAAAUAUCAGAUUAUGUUAAAUUUCACCCUACCAUUUCUCAGUAUGAACCAUACAGAAGUGUGAUGAGUGACUCUGAGAAAGAAGCAGCAUUUACUCCCAGCCCUGUAGAGGAAAGUCUCCCUUCUUCUGAAAGUAAUCAGAAAGAGGAGGAGAUAAAUUAUACUCCUAAAUCCAUCAUUUUUAGUGAGGAAGUGUACACCUCAUCUGCAGGGCAAAAUACUGCUGCUGAUGGAAGUCCAGAGGAAGAAGAACACAAGUGUGAAUUGAUUUCCUUGUCCAAACACAGCACACAUGUGUGUCAGAGCAGCCCAGUACCACUUAUCAGGCGCAAUCUCAGUCGAGAAGAUAGCAGGAGUGGCAAGAUAAGUGAUCUGAAGUCAUUCUGGGAGAAGGAGAAGAGUGGGCCAAAGAUUAUUGUGGGUGAGCAGAAAGUUGUUUCUGAGACUCGUGCCUCCAUUAGCGAGGUAAAGCAGCCUCUGAAAGCCAGCCCUGCCACCACCUCUGAUUUAGACCUUAAAGUAGCUGAUGUUAAACCCAGCAGCAGCUCUGACAGAAAAAGCACUUCCUCGCUGUCCAGACAAAAGCCCACUUUCACAGUUCUGUCAAUGAAGGAAAGAAUGCAGAAGGAGUCCGGGGGUCAGAGCUCAACCAACUUGCAAUUCAAGAACCUUCGUAACUUCUGGGGAGGGGCAUCUGCAAGCCAGUCCAGCCCAUUCCUGAUCAAGACGCAAAGGGCUUCUCCAGAAAAUGUGGCAGUGGCUUCUCCAGAAAAUGUGGCAGUGAAUCUAAAAAGCCCUACAAGCCCAAGUUCAAACGUUCAGGAGACAACUGAGCUAUUCCGUCUGAAAGAACAAUCACCAACAGAGGUUAAGAAGCCAUUUAUGAACCCAAACUAUUAUCCUAAAGUUCUUCCUACUGAGCCUGCAGAUGUUCGUGUUAGAUCCUUUGGAGCAGAAAAACGGCUAGUGAAAGGUUUUUCUGCUGAUAUCACAGAACCUAAGAAAGAAAUGAUAGAGAAAGGGGAGAGAUCGGUUUCUCCCCAUUUACUGACGAAACCACCUUCUUCUGCGGAAUCUGUUCAAAUGAAAGAAGAUCUGUCACAGUGUGAGGCUGUAGAACCCCAACAGGACAGGUUUUUUAGUAGAGUGUUGGAGCAGAGCAAAGGGUUUCCUCCUCAAGAGGGGGUGAAAUUUCACAUCCCACCACUGCAGAGCUUGGCCCCAAGCUCAGUGAGUACAGAAGUGCAGUCCUACAGUGCUGUGAUGGGUGUCAGAUCUUCUCCAGAGCCACCCAGGACGCAAGGAGGCAUCAUGAGUGAAAAAGAAUACAGAGUUGCCUCUCAGCCUGUCUUAGACAUUCAUGGAGGAAACCUGAUGAGUCAAAUCAAAAUUCCCCCUGAGCCCCUCUCGGGAACUGGUAAAGAAGUCCUUGGUGAAAGACAAUAUCUCGGUGAAGGAAAAAUAUUAACAGCAAAGGAAGGUAUAAUAUCAGAGAAAAAGGUGGGAGACAUGCCUUCAUAUUGUGAAGUACAAAGUACACCUACAGAGACAGAGGAGAACCUGAGAAAGCCAAAUAGGAAGAUGCCCUGGCUUCUUCCUCAUGAUAAUACUGAAGACAUCGACUAUGAAGGUUCUUCCAGGAGCAGUGCAUCAGACACCUGGUCUUUCUCCUGGGCAAGUUCAGCCUGUAAUGAUGAAGACCAAAACCCCAUUACGAGGGCCUUGAGACGAAGUUCUACAAGGCCUGUUUCGUCUGCAAAAAGUCUUGAGGACAUUACAGCACUACCAUCAAAAGAGAGAAGCAAAAAUACAUCAAGAGAUGAAUUAGUUCUAAGUGUGGAAAAUGACCAGGUUUCAGAGCUUGAGCAAAGUCCAAAAGAAAUUGUUCCAAGAUUUUCCACAGUGCCAUCCACCCCAACUUCAAAGUUUUCGGACAGUGAGAAGAUAAAGAAAAUGAGCAGAUCAGUACCUGCUUUCCUGCAGCAAGAGAGCGAUGGCAGAGACACUGACUCCACCUCAGAGAACAGUUUCCACAUUGGCAGACAAAGGAAGAUUGGCAGCUCUCUAACCAAUCUUAGCAACUCUUCUGGCAUGGCAUCAAUGUCCUCUGUCAGCGGAAGUGUCAUGAGUAUCUAUAGCGGGGAUUUCGGCAAUGUGGAUGUCACAGGGAACAUUCAGUUCGCCAUCGACUACGUGGAGCAGCUGAAUGAGCUUCACAUCUUUGUGGUCCAGUGCAAAGACCUGGCAGCUGCUGACCCCAAAAAGAAUCGCUCAGACCCGUAUGUUAAAAGUUAUCUUUUACCUGAUAAAGCAAAGAUGGGUAAAAGGAAGACUUCAGUGAAGAAGAAGACUUUGAAUCCGACCUACAAUGAGAUCCUCAGGUAUAAAAUCAGCAAGGAGACUCUCAAGACUCAGACCCUGAACCUCUCAGUUUGGCACAAUGACACUUUCGGCCGUAACAGCUUCCUGGGUGAGGUGGACCUGGACUUGUCCAAGUGGGACUGGAGCAACACGCAACUGAACUUCUUCCCCCUUAAGCCGAGGACUCCCUCAGGCCUCCAGUUUACAGACUACAGAGGAGAGAUGAGAUUAGCCCUGCGCUUUCUUCCUCAGAUCUCACAAAGCAAAAAUACACCGAAUACUGGAGAGGUGCACAUCUGGGUGAAGGACUGCAAGAGUCUGCCUGCAAUCAGGGGGACAGCUAUCGACCCGUUUGUAAAAUGCUCGGUGCUGCCAGACACCAGCAGGAAGAGCCGCCAGAAGACCCGCGUCCUGAAGAAGACGGCGAACCCCGUUUUCAACCACACCAUGGUGUAUGAUGGCUUCCGGGUCGAGGACCUGCGGGAAGCCUGCGUGGAGCUCACCGUCUGGGACCACGACCGGCUCGCCAACCAUUUUCUGGGAGGACUGAGGCUUGGCCUCGGCACAGGGAAAAGUUAUGGAGCUGUGGUGGACUGGAUGGACUCGAACACAGAUGAAGCAACUUUGUGGGAGCGAAUGAUAGACUCUCCUAACGAAUGGGUUGAGGAUGUGUUACCUUUGAGAAUGUUAAUGAUGGCCAAAAGUUCUUGGAAAUAAACAGAAGAUUGAGUGAAUGACUUCUCUAUCAAAGAUCUUGACUUCUGGAUGUCAAAUCAGUGAGAAUCACGUUGUUUCUUGGGUGAAGAACAGAUUCCUGAUUCUGUGAUAAGAAAACUCAAUGUAACAAAACAAACAAUAAACUAAAAUGUAUUAUAUUAAUUAAUCUAAAAUACCUAACUAAGACAUUACAGGUUGUCUGAAAUAUGAAAGUGUUUUAUGAUUUUUGUUUUACCAAAAAAUAAGUGUUGUAAGCCAGGAUAUGGCUUUACUGGUAAUGUGUACACCUGUUUUAUGCCUUAUUUGUUAGUCUGAAGACUUUUAAUCUGGACUAAAAUGUAUGGAAGGCAAAAAAAAAAGAUAACCAAAAUUUGCAAACUAUCAGUGAUUUUAAGAUGUAAGAUCACUUUUUUGUACCAUAUGUUCCAAAACAUUUCCAAGACAUCCAUUUCUUGUUCAGUUUAUUGUGUUUUUUAAUUUCCCACUUGAACAGCCUCUGCAUAUUUUUAUAGUAUUGUAACAAUUAAAACAUGCCCAUUACCCCUGGCUUUUACUUUGCACUCACUUUGCAAUAAAGUGUCAAACGUA